CUUGUGGCUAUUAUCUUUCAUAUAAUCGUCUCAUUUCUCUUUCAAUAUUAUCAAUAACAUGUCGUUGAUUAAUCGAUAGCAUUGAAAAAAUAGAAAAAAAAUGAGAAAGAUGUCUGUGAUCCUUCCUUCAAAUUUUCAAGAAUCAUGAACGACACGCGACGCGUGUUCGUGUUGAUGAGCAAAUAGGAAGGAAGAAACGUGACAGAUCGUUGCGAGGUGUGCCGGAUUUUGUGGCUGUUCGACACGGAUUAAUUCUCGUUGUUGGAGGAUUGUGUGAAAAUGAAGAGACAAAAUGUUAGAACUUUGUCAUUGGUAGUGUGCACGUUCACGUAUUUGUUAAUUGGUGCCGCGGUGUUUGAUGCGUUGGAAUCGAACACUGAGAGGAAACGGUGGGAGUUUCUUUCGGAGGUUCGUCGAAACAUGAUGAAGAAAUAUAAUAUCACACAGGAGGAUUAUAGAAUGCUGGAGAUUGUAAUAAUAGAAAACAAGCCGCACAAAGCAGGUCCUCAGUGGAAAUUCGCUGGUGCCUUUUAUUUCGCCACCCUUGUACUCGCUAUGAUAGGUUACGGACACUCGACGCCAGUCACCAUAGGAGGUAAAGCAUUUUGCAUGGCGUACGCCAUGGUGGGCAUUCCUCUGGGUUUGGUAAUGUUCCAAAGUAUCGGUGAACGUUUGAAUAAAUUCGCCUCGGUAGUAAUCAAGCGAGCGAAAUCUUAUAUGAGAUGCAAGAAAACAGAAGCGACCGAGAUGAAUCUGAUGCUCGCUACUGGUUUACUCUCAAGUAUAAUUAUCACGACUGGAGCGGCUGUGUUUUCGCGUUAUGAGGGAUGGAGCUACUUCGAUAGCUUUUAUUAUUGUUUCGUUACUCUAACUACGAUUGGUUUUGGUGAUUAUGUCGCAUUACAGAAUGAUCAUGCACUUUCUAAUAAACCUGGAUAUGUGGCCUUAAGCUUAGUUUUUAUCCUAUUUGGCUUGGCCGUCGUUGCUGCAAGUAUAAAUUUGCUCGUACUUCGUUUUAUGACAAUGAACACCGGUGAUGUUCGUCGCGAAGACAAUGAACUUCAACCGGCUUCUCAUCAUGUUUUAACACUGGAUGGCGAGGUGGUUGCAGUGAAUGGAAAAAUAUUAGCUAGCCACGUGCCCAUAGUUCAUGACACAGACGACUGUGUGAGCGUAUGUUCGUGUACCUGUCUAGGACCACCCAAUACCGAGCUUCUGGAUCAAGGUUACCAAGGAUACAGACCUCCUUCGACCUCGAGCAUUCGCGUAAAACGUGCAUCAGUCUGAUGGAAGGAGUUUCGUCGUCGCAGCUUACGUCGUCGAUUAUCGAGAGCUGAUAGCAGAGAACUGCUUGGUAUCGACGUAUAAUAAAUUGACUCAAAAUAGAUGUGAACACAUGGAAAUGGUCCGUGUCGAUGAAUGGAAUGAAAAUGGAAAUAAUUUUAUAAUUGGAAUUUUAAUGGAAUUUUUGAGAGAUGAUUCAAUUUGGACCGAUAUUUGUGUUCUUUAGAACACAAUUGUGUAUCUUUUGAGGACAUUUGAGGACUUGUUUACGCUCAGUCAUCAAUUUUUGAAGAGAUUUUAACGAGAAAUAGUGAAGUAUGUCUCGAAUAUGAAAAAUAAUUAUUCGGCUCAUGUUGUAAUAUUAUCAUUAGACAUAGAAACGGAGAAGAGGGUGUUUGAUCGUUUGUAAACGAUUUUAUAACAAUUUCGUACAUUUCGUAUUGUACCAUUGAUAUCCGACAAAUUUUGAACCGAAUUCAUAUUGUGUCGUAUUUAUUGGAUAAUUAUGAGAAUGAUGAGAACUAUAGAUUAGUCGCAAUGUGAAGGUUAAAAAUUGAAAUUGGAGGAUUGCUUUAUGAUUAACAUUUACCUGAUAAUUAGAUUU